GCUCUCUCUGGAGGCUCAGAUGUGAUCCAGGAAUAUUACAAACUUCCAAGGAAUAGCACCUUUUUCCUUUCCCCUGCAAGAAUUUGGCAUUUGGAAUCUUAGAUCUCAAGGAAACCGUAUUCUACAAAUUGUCUGUAAGGUGGAUUUUUUUGUUUGUUAAAUCCCAUAGAGACAGAGAUGCUCUGUUGUGUUGAACGCAUUACUGAACAUCGUCCAAGCUGCAGAUAUCUAACAGUCUAAACAAGAGUGGUGUACUUCUCUAUGAAUUGAUUACCAAAAACUAUAAACCUGUUUUAUUGCAUUGUUAGUUAUGUGCUUUUUUCUUAUGCAUUUUGUCUUAUAAAUUACUAUUAAUUGUAUGUCUCCAAUUAUUGAAGAAAUGUAAAAUGUUUUCCUGCUUGCUUAUUUCAUUGUAGGUGUUUGGGUCCAUCAUGCCAAUUUUGUUUGCUGUUCUACACCUGUUAGGUAAGCACUGGUUGAUGCAAUUGACACACUGAAUGUACUUGUGCCACUUCAUCUACCUUGUAUGAGUUAUCUAGGAAAUACUUUUUUUCGGUUUCACUCACAUUUAAAAACUGUCAUAUCUGAUCAAAAAGGCAUUGUAGAGUUUUGUGUCAUAAUGAUGGAAAUUAGCUCUGUGCAAAAAAAUAAUAUGUGUACAAAUAAUAUGUGAAAUCUUUGUGUAAAGAAAAUAAUAUGUCAUAUGUAACUAAGAUUUCAUUAAUGCAUAUUUGACACAAUAUUAUUGAGUGAACUUUGACAUUAUUGAAAAGCUUCAAUGAUCACUUUGUUUAAUUCCCACAGGUAUUCUGUCUCUGACAUUCAGAGCGUUUGGAUCUGAAUCAAGUGGUUAGUGGUUUUGUUCUCUUUGAAUUUCAUAAACACUUUGCUGUUAUUUCUCUGUCAAUAUUAGGCAGAUGAGAUACCGUAGAUUUGAUACUACUAGUAUUCUGGGAAUUAACAAUGUGUUCACUAAUGUUUCUCAUAUUAAUUUGAUCCAGUGUAGUCCCACAGGGAGACAGUUGGGAACUGCACAGCUCAGCAAGAUAGUAGAAUAUUUAGAUAUGUGAGAGUCUAUUGAUGAACAGUAGCUGCUGUAUGUGGAGAAAAAAAGAUAUUUGAUCGUGUCGUAUCAGUGGAUUUAUUUAUUUUGUUAACCAGCCAGUUUUACUUUGAAGACUUUUAGUUUUACUUGGAAGACUCCCAAACAAAAUAUGAUACUUAUUUCAUUAAGGCAGAGGUGUUAGGAUGUUAUAGUUGAGAGCCACUGCUCUAGCUCUGUGGCCUUUGGCUCAGAGACAUGUUCUAUGGUAAGCCCAUUCUCUGUUUGACUUGGAUGACAGCAAUUCCUCAAAAGCAAAAGGUGAUGUUUAUUCUUUUUCUUCAAAAUGUAAUUAACGUAGAGAUGUGACUGAGGACAGCUUGUCUUCAGAGUUGUUCUUUAUUAUAGCCUGUAGGCUUUGGUAUUGAGUUGUGGCUCUGAGGAAGAGAAAGCCAUACCAAACUAAUAGUAAUAGGGUACCUGAUAGAAAACAGAUCUCUCUCUCUCUCUCUCUCUCUCUCUCUCUCUCUCUCUCUCUCUCUCUCUCUCUCUCUCUCUCUCUCUCUCUCUCUCUCUCUCUCUCUCUCUCUCUCUCUCUCUCUCUCUCUCUCUGUGUUUGUCUCAGUUGCCACUCCCAUCACCUGUACGACCCGUGGGGCAGACCUGACGGAGGAGAGGCAGGUGGUCCUCUGCCCGCCUAACUGUACCCUCUGGAGGGUGUCUGUGUUCGGUUCUGGGGUGUACGCCGCCGUGUCCAGUGUGUGUGGAGCAGCCGUGCACCAGUAAGGCUGGAGCAGUUCAAUAGCAGUGCUAAGACUAAGAGGCUUUGUGUAGGCCAGGAGAGGGAUAAUGUUUGGCUAAUGCACAUGCUAUAGAGUUUCACCUCUAUGACCUUCUUUUCUUUCUCAAAGAGUAUUGAUGUAUAAUAGAGAGAGACGUUCAUAUUCAAGAAGUCUGUAUAACUUCUACAGUAUCUGCAUUUUUCAUCUAUCUUCCCUUCCCUCAACGUUUGCAGUGACUGACCGCUUACUGCUCAUUUACAUUUUUAACUGUAUUUUACCACUUUUCUCAGGGGGGUGAUAAGGUCCUCGGGGGGACCAGUGAAGGUCCACAAACUGCAAGGCAGACAGAACUACCUCGGCUCCUACUCCCAUGGAGUCCAAUCUCAGGCCCUGUCCAGGUGGACCGCAUCAUUCACAGUGGCCCGUAGGUGGCGCCAAAUACCAAACAUGUUUAAUAUUGUACAUUUCACAGAGGAAAAUGUGACUCAAAGAAGGCUGAGUAGGCAUGAAGAAUGACUCGAAUUGUAUUUAAUGACAUUCAAUGUUGAUGUUUUGAACGAUUUACAAUGAAGUGAUUUUUCAUUAAUGACAAGUUUUGAUAAAACAUAUGACUCUUUGUUGUCAGAAUCUGCUCAUGUGCCCCAGGAGGUGUCCUCCCAGAUAGCCACAACUGCCCUCCCUGCAUCAGGACCAGGACCAGGUAAAAUUCUAACUAUGUACAGUCGUGGUCAAAAGUUUUGAGAAUGACACAAGUAUUGGUCUCCACAAAGUUUGCUGCCUCAGUGUUGAUGAUGGCAAUUUGCAUAUACUCCAGAAUGUCAUGAAGAGUGAUCAGAUGAAUUGCAAUUAAUUGCAAAGUCCCUCUUUGCCAUGAAAAUGAACUUAAUCCCCCAAAAAACAUUUCCACUGCAUUUCAGCCCUGCCACAAAAGGACCAGCUGCCAUCAUGUCAGUGAUUGUCUCGUUAACACAGGUGAGAGUGUUGACGAGGACAAGGCUGGAGAUCACUCUGUCAUGCUGAUUGAGUCAGAAUAACAGACUGGAAGCUUUAACAGGAGGGUGGUGCUUGAAAUCAUUGUUCUUUCUCUGUCAACCAUGGUUUACUGCAAGGAAAACACGUGCCAUCAUCAUUGCUUUGCACAAAAAGGGCUUCACAGGCAAGGAUAUUGCUGCUAGUAAGAUUGCACCUAAAUCAACCAUUUAUCGGAUCAUCAAGAACUUCAAGGAGAGAGGUUCAAUUGUUGUGAAGAAGGCGUCUGGGCACCCAAGAAAGUCCAGCAAGCGCCAGGACCGUCUCCUAAAGUUGAUUAUUCAGCUGCGGGAUCGGGGCACCACCAGUGCAGAGCUUGCUCAGGAAUGGCAGCAGGCAGGUGUGAGUGCAUUUGCACGCACAGAGAGGCGAAGACUUUUGGAGGAUGGCCUGGUGUCAAGAAGGGCAGCAAAGAAGCCACUUCUCUCCAGGAAAAACAUCAGGGACAGACUGAUAUUCUGCAAAAGGUACAGGGAUUGGACUGCUGAGGACUGGGGUAGAGUAAUUUUCUCUGAUGAAUCCCCUUUCCGAUUGUUUGGGCCAUCCGGAAAACACCUUGUCUGGAGAAGGCAAGGUGAGCAGUACCAUCAGUCCUGUGUCAUGCCAACAGUAAAGCAUCCUGAGACCAUUCAUGUGUGGGGUUGCUUCUCAGCCAAGGGAGUGGGCUCACUCACAAUUUUGCCUAAGAACACAUCCAUGAAUAAAGAAUGGUGCCAACACAUCCUCCGAGAGCAACUUCUCCCAACCAUCCAAGAACAGUUUGGUGACGACCAAUGCCUUUUCCAGCAUGAUGGAGCACCUUGCCAUAAGGCAAAAGUGAUAACUAAGUGGCUCGGGGAACAAAACAUCGACAUUUUGGGUCCAUGGCCAGGAAACUCCCCAGACCUUAAUCCCAUUGAGAACUUGUGGUCGAUCCUCAAGAGGCAGGUGGACAAACAAAAACCCACAACUUCUGACAAACUCCAAGCAUUGAUUAUGCAAGAAUGGGCUUCCAUCAGUCAGGAUGUGGCCCAGAAGUUAAUUGACAGCAUGCCAGGGCGGAUUGCAGAGGUCUUGAAAAAGAAGGGUCAACACUGCAAAUAUUGACUCUUUGCAUUAACUGAAUGUCAUUGUCAAUGAAAGCCUUUGACACUUAUGGAAUACUUGUAAUUAUACUUCAGUGUACCAUAGUAACAUCUGACAUAGAUCUAAGAACACUGAAGCAGCAAACUUUGUGGAGACCAAUACUUGUGUCAUUCUCAAAACUUUUGACCACGACUGUAGAUUAAACUACACAUAAUGGUCACCAAUACUGCAUGGGAUACGCCUUAUAUUUUAUGGCGACAUCCUCUCUUGGUCGUCAUACCUUACUAGAAGUAGAAUUUCAGUGCGAACUAUGUAUCCAAAAGUACAAUUACUUUAUAAUAUCUUCAUUACUAAAUGGUUCUGUUUUUAGACCCUCCAGAGCUAUCAUACUCCACAGAGAUACCUGUCUUCAUGAUUUACAUUACAGAUAAGGAUAUUUUAUUAUUUUAACUCUUAACAUGUAUGAGCACCACAUGCAGUAACCAGAGCCUGUCUGUCUUGCAGUGAAGAAAACAUUAAAGAAGCCAGUGAAGAAAAUAACUACAGGAGGAAAUAGAGGUAUGCUUGUGUCAUGUUUUGCUUUGAUACUGUAGAACAUUUUAUUUUGCUUCAAGAAUGCCCAUGUCUCACUCUCUCAUUCCAGACUGCCAGAUGGAGAUAGCCCUGCUGCUGGAUAGCAGCAACAACAUUGGGAAGCGUCGCUUCAACCUUCAGAAGAACUUCAUCAGCAAGUUAGCGGUGAUGCUAAGGAUUGGACCGAAUGGACCACAUCUUGGUGUGGUGCAAGCUAGGUGAGUCAGUUCAUUUGGUGUUCAAUUAGUACAUUUUCAAAUUAGGUGUUAUCAUUUAGCCACUAACCCCAUAGCAAAACAGUACAGUAUUACAUGUAGCUAACAAAGUGCUCGUCUUUCCAGUGACACCCCUCGGACAGAAUUCCACCUGACUAACUACACUCAACCCAAAGAUGUGGUGUUUGCCAUCAAAGAGAUAGCCUACCUGGGAGGCAACACUAACACAGGUUCUUUCUGACUUUUAUUGCUGGUAUACAUAUUGUACCACAUGAUGGAUCUGCAUAUUAUACAACCAGUAUACAAUACUAUUUCCCAUUCAAAGGAGAAAUGGAUUUGGGAGGAAUAUAUACACUGGAAUACAAUACAUAUCACCAGCUAAUUCUUCACAUUUGUCAAAUGUUGUGGGGAUUCCCAAUAAACCUAAUCUGAGACCAUGCUGUCUGUCUGCCUGUCCGGUCCCCACAGGUAAGGCCAUCAUGCACACGGUGGAGUCCUUCUUCCAGACAGGGGUGAGGAGAGGUCACCCCAGGGUCAUAGUGGUGUUUAUAGACGGCUGGCCCUCAGACCACCUGGAAGAUGCGGCCGUGCUGGCCAGAGAGUCUGGUAUCAACUUGUUCCUGGUGCCAGUGGCCAAGCCUGCCCUGGAGGAGCUAGGCAUGGUCAGAGACAAGGACUACAUGAAGAAGGUGAGCAGGGAGCCAAGAGUCACGUGACUGUGGUACUCUGUCCUAUUGGCUGUAUCCCGCUCUACUUUAGUGGUUUGAAUGAGAAUGGGUCAUUUAUGAACAGUUUGAAAAAUGUGAUGUUCUGGCCCUACCCAUAGCUGUUAGCAGAUUUUGCUGGGCACCACAUACUGUAAUGCAAAGAUCAAUUCGCCAGCCUAUUUUCACGCCCUGACUCAGGGGACGUUGAUUUGUUGAGUCAGGGUGUGUAUAUUCCGUGUUAUGUUGUGUUUUUCUAUGUUUAGUUCUAGAUCGUUUAGAUCUAUGUUGGCCAGGGUGGUUCCCAAUCAGAGGCAGCUGUAGCUCGUUGUCUCUGAUUGGGGACCAUACUUAGGCAGCCUGUUGGCACCAGUUAGUUUGUGGGAUCUUGUUCUGUAUAGGUUUGUUUUGUGUAACCUUAACACUUCACGUAUCGUUUGUUUGUUGUUUUGUCGUGUUCAGUACUUAAAUAAAUAUGUACGCUUAUCACGCUGCGCCUUGGUUCGACCAGUCAUUAAACGAUCGUGACACCUAUAUCAUUGUGAUCUCAUCACUUACAGUAUCUAGCCAUACCUGUUGUUUCUAAUCUACAUGAUGAUAUGUCACUGACUGACUGUGUUUGUGUGUGCCAUGCCAGGCAGUAUGCAAGGACAACGGCUUCUUCACCUACGCCAUACCCAGUUGGUUCGGCACCACCAAGCAUGUGAAGCCCCUGGCCCAGAAGCUGUGCUCGGUGGACCAGCUCCUCUGCUCCAAAACCUGCUACAACUCUGUCAACCUGGGCUUCCUCAUUGACGGCUCCAGCAGCGUCGGGGAGGCGAACUUCCGUCUGGUCUUGGACUUCAUCAUCUCCGUGGCCCGUAGCUUCGACAUCUCAGACAUAGGGUCACGUGUUGGGGCAGUCCAGUUCACCUACGACCAGAGGAUGGAGUUUAACCUGUAUGACUACCCAGUGAAGGAUGAAGCCCUCAGGGCCCUGCAGGGGAUCCCUUACAUGAGCGGGGGCACGGCCACGGGAGACGCCAUUGCCUACGCUACCCAGAACCUGUUCCAGGCCCGCAAGGCUGGCCCUGGGAGGAACUUCCUCAUAGUGGUCACUGACGGACAGUCCUACGAUGACGUCAGAGGGCCGGCCUUGGCCGCCCAGAAGGAAGGUGUGGAUUCCUUUUUGGCAAAAGUAUGACCAUGUGUCGAGCUAGCAUGUAGAACAAGAUCAAAAUAUGUUUGUAUGACAUAAAAAAACAGCUGAGCUGAAAUGUUUUGUCACAUCGAGUGCCAUUAGUAUGGAGAAAUAGGGUUUAGUGACACUGACAGCAGAUAAGAUAAUCACACUGACCUAAAAUAUUUCUUAGAUGAUGCUCUUCCUGUUCCUAGUUCGAUCACACUACACCACUCAUUUGAUCUCAUCUCUCCCCCCUCAUCUACAGGAAUCACCAUCUACUCUGUGGGGGUGGCCUGGGCUCCACUGGACGACCUGAAAACCAUGGCAUCAGAGCCCAAGGAUAGCCACACAUUCUUCACCAGGGAGUUCACUGGCCUGCAGCAGUUCCAGCAGCCCCUUGUAAGGGGCAUCUGCAGGGACUUCACUGAGGUCAACUAGGGAGAGGUAGCAGAGAGCAGCUGUUUGGGCUCGCUGGAAACACCAGCCAGACAGGAAACAUCUAGAUGGCACUUUAUUUUACAGUACAGAAAUUACUAGGUAUUUACUGAGAAAUAAAAUGGUAACUAUAUAGUAAUAACCAAUAAAUUACUUGAUUGUUUCUUUGGGAUUCAUUCAAUCAAGUGCCACUAGGCACCCGGUGGUUGUAAAUUGUGUUGAAUUCUUCAAAGUAACUACCAGUUUUACCAAAUUAUUUUCUAUUAAAUACCAGUGGAAACAUAAACAGUACUGUAAAAAAUAAAGUGCUAGCCACUGUUCAACACAUCCAGAGUACAGCAGAAGCUAACAGGGCAAUAGCAUUGUAGGUUCACAUGAGUUCUCAGAAAACUAUCAUAUAUCAUCGUUUGAUAUUACCUUAGACUCUGAUGGUAACUGAUAUCACUACCAUUAUUCAUUCAUAAGUUCUCAAGAUGUGACUAUUUUGGAAAGUUGCACUAUUCAUGCUUUAUCCAAUGUGUAUCGUAACUAUACUGAAAUUCUGAUGUAUAUUAAGGUUCAUGUCGUUUUCUAUGUAUUUCUUGAACAAUCCAAAGCAGCCAAACCAAAAGUAUAGGAACAUGAUAAAUAUGUACCUAUAGAUCGGUCAGUGAUGAGCAAGAUUUUCCUUCUCUUUCACCCUCGUCAACAAUACACUUAUCACUUCUCUGCUUGAUAUGGCUUGUAGUCAUAUGUAUGAUGUUAGCUGAAGGUAAGGGAUGAUAUUUAGGGAAUAAAGUACCAUUAAUUCUUUCCUAAGCCACAACUGCUGAUGCUAAGCUUCUAUGUACCUACGACAGAAUGCUUUCCCAAAGCCUGUUUCUUUUGUAUACUGUACACCAUACUUACAGUACAUUUGCAUGUUGACCUGUACUUUAUAAAUAUGAUUCUAUAUUUAUUACCUUUAUU